UAGUGAAGCUGUCUCCCUUGUUUGUUUUGAUUCUGCCUUCAUCCUGUGACUUACUUACCUGUCCUGCAGAAAAAGCCUGGAGACUGGAGAGAGAGAUAGAGAGAUCAUGGUUUCUGUGAAAGACUCUAUGAAGGUGAGAAACUGUGGAAUUUCCUGUCCGUUUAGAGCCUGGACUUCACUGAUAGGAAACCUUUGCCUUAGCCCUUGUGAACUUUGUUGUGUAAAUUAACUUGAGUCCUGUGUUUGAGUCCUACCCGUUUUGAUGGCCGUGACAGUUCACCUGUUUCUUCAGGGAAGAGAUCAUUAUCAGGGCUAAACUGUUUCUCAACUGCCGCUGGGAAAUCCUGUCUGCGUUUGUGUUUGAGCAUAUGAUGGACAAAAGUGUGUAAGAGUGCAGAAGGAGGGAUGUUAGUGGAUUAGAGGAGACUGCUGCAGGGCCACAGUUUACUUUAGUAGCAGAAAAGGAUCAGGAUAAUGAGGAGGACUCUGCUGCUGCUGGCCUCUCUGGCCUUUGCUUCUCUGACUUCUGUGGCUGAUGGAGCGCCGUUGAAAGUGAUGUCUGCUCCCAACGUUUUCCGGGUGGGAGCCGCAGAAAACAUCUUUGUGGAGUGUCAAGACUGCACUGGAGGAGAUAUUAGAGUUGAUAUCAAUGUGAUGAACCAUCCAACCAAAAUCAAAUUGCUGGCAAAAACAAUUGUGACCCUGAGCAGAGUAAAUAACUUCCAGCAGUUCGGGAAAAUAAAGAUCCCUGCAGGAGACUUCAAUAAAGAUCCCAGUGUGAAGCAGUAUGUAUAUCUACAAGCUCAGUUCCCUGACUGUCUGCUGGAGAAAGUCGUCAUGGUGUCCUUCCAGUCUGGUUACAUCUUCAUUCAGACUGACAAGACCCUUUAUACACCCAACAGCAGAGUUUUAUUCAGGGUGUUUGCACUGACACCUCAGAUGGAGCCUCUAGAGAGGGAUGAAGAAAUCCAAACUGAUACUUCCAUUAUCAUUCAGUUUGUGACACCUGAAGGCAUAAUUUUACUACUUCGUCAAGUCUUUUUACGUUCAGGUCUCUACUCUGGAAGUUUCCAUCUUGAUGAAACUGUUAGUACUGGACUGUGGAAAGUGGUGGCAAAAUUCCACAGCAACCCACAGCAAAAGUAUUCUGCAGAAUUUGAGGUUAAAGAGUAUGUUCUUCCCAGUUUUGAGGUGAAACUGACACCAUUAACACAAUUCUUUUACGUGAACAGCAGAGAUUUCACUGUCAGAAUCAAAGCUACCUAUCUGUUUGGUCAAGAGGUGGAUGGAACAGCCUAUGUGGUAUUUGGGGUUAGAAAAGGACAAAGAAAGCAGAGCUUUCCAGACUCUCUUCAAAAAGUCCCGAUUAGAAGUGGUGAAGGAGAGGUGACACUGAGGAGGGAGGACAUAACAAAAGUUGAGAAUGACAUCAACAGCCUUGUAGGGGGCGCCAUAUUUGUAUCUGUCAGUGUGCUGACAGAAAGUGGGAGUGAAAUGGUGGAGGCUGAACUGAGAGGUAUCCAGAUUGUCACAUCGCCCUAUACAAUUAACUUUAAAAGAACUCCAAAAUAUUUCAAGCCAGGAAUGUCCUUUGAUGUUAGGGUUGAAGUUUUAAAUCCUGAUGAAACUCCAGCAGCAAACAUUCCAGUAGUGAUUAAUCCUGGUGCAGUCAGGGGACUCACAGCUGCUAAUGGCAUGGCCUGGCUUACAAUCAAUACAGGGGGAAAUGAAGCCGAGCUGAGAAUCACUGCAAUGACGGAUAAUCCUAUGGUUUCACCUGAUCGACAAGCAAGAGCAGAGAUGACAGCUGGACCAUACAGCAGCAAGACUGGAACUUUUAUCCACAUAGGUGUGGAUGCACCUGAGAAGGAAUUAGGAGACAACUUAAGAAUCUACCUCUUUCUCAACAAGCAGCCAAAUCAAAAUCAUGAUAUCACAUAUCUGAUCCAAAGCAGAGGUCAGCUAGUGAAAUAUGGCCGUUAUGAGACAAGAGGCCAAGUACCGAUUUCCCUGAUACAACCAAUCACCAAAGAAAUGCUGCCAUCGUUCCGCAUCAUAGCCUACUACCAUACAAGUUCAAAUGAAGUGGUGUCAGACUCUGUUUGGGUGGAUGUAAAAGACACCUGCAUGGGCACUCUGAAACUUGAAUUCACACAACCUUCUCCAGCCUAUGAGCCUCGCAGGACGUUUCGUUUAAAAGUCACAGCAAGUCCAGAGGCCACAGUGGGACUCAUUGUAGUUGACAAAGGUGUCUACGCUCUAAACAACAAGCACCGCCUGACACAGAAAAAGCUGUGGGAGAUAGUAGAAGAAUCUGACACAGGCUGCACACCUGGUGGAGGAAAGGACAGUAUGGGUGUCUUCUUUGAUGCUGGGCUAUUGUUUGAGACUAGCGCUGGUUCUGGGACUGCAUACAGGCAAGAACUUAAAUGCCACACUGUUAACAGGAAGAAACGCAAUGCUGCUAUAAUGGAUGUCAGAAGCAGCUUAUUAAAAAAUUAUACAGACCCAGUAGAAUCUGAGUGUUGUCUGGAUGGCAUGAAGGAAGCCCCCCUUUCAUACACCUGUGAGGCAUGCAGUGAUGACAUCGUCAAUUCUCAAGGCUGCCGUGAUGCUUUCCUGCACUGCUGCAAGACCUCAAACUUGCUCACAGUAAGAGAUGGAAAUGAAAUGGUAGGUGGUUAUCUAUAGUCAUGCUAUUUGUCAUAAAAUUCACAAAGUGAGGAAGAAGAUACUAGUUUCAUAGACAGCAAUGAAAUUGUUACUCGCACCAUGUUCCCAGAAAGUUGGCUGUGGCAUGAUAUCAAAUUCCCUGCUUGCCCUAGAAACACACCUAACUGUGACACCACAUCAUUUGUGAAAUAUUUUUACUUCAGUGAUUCAAUCACAACCUGGCAGUUCAUUGGCAUCAGUCUGUCAAGAACUAACGGAAUCUGUGUCGGUGAUCCAUUUGAGGUCAUUGUUAAGAAGGAUUUCUUCAUUGAUCUCAGGCUGCCUUAUUCUGCUGUCCGUGGAGAGCAGAUAGAAAUUAAAGCAAUCCUCCACAACUACAGCCCUGAUCGAAUAACUGUACGCGUCGAUUUGACUGAGGAGGAGCACGUGUGCAGUUCAGCUUCCAAACGUGGUCGGUAUCACCAGGAGGUCACUGUUGGGCCCGAGACCACACGAUCUGUCCCCUUCGUCAUUAUUCCCAUGAAGGAGGGAGAACGCCGCAUUGAGGUUAAAGCAGCUGUUAAGGGUUCAUAUCUCAAUGAUGGAGUCAUGAAGAUGCUGCGGGUGGUGCCUGAAGGUGUGCUGGUUAAACAUCCACAGAUUAUAACUUUAGAUCCUGCUAAGAAAGGAGAAAAUGGUGUACAGAUUGAAGUUAUCAGCAGUGGUAUUCCUAGGAACAUUUUGGUUCCAAACACAGCUACUAGCACACAGAUCUUUGUGACAGGGAGAGAACAAGUAUCUAAGCUGGUGGAGAAUGCCAUUGGCGGCAACUCAAUGGGUACUCUAAUCAUACAACCUUCAGGCUCUGGAGAGUUAAACAUUAUGUCAAUGACCCUGCCUGUUAUUGCAACCUUGUAUUUGGACAAAACCAACCAGUGGGAAACUGUUGGCUUUGAGAAACGUAAGGAAGCCCUCCAGUAUAUAAAAACCGGUUACACAAACGAGUUGGCCUACCGUAAAAAUGAUGGGUCUUUUGCUGCAUUUACUUCUCGCCCAAGUAGCACCUGGCUGACUGCCUAUGUUGCCAAAGUAUUUGUAAUGACACAUCAUCUGGUUGAAAUACAAAAUCAUGUGAUCUGUGAAGCUGUCAAGUUUCUAAUUCUCACAAGACAACAACCUGAUGGUGUUUUUAAAGAAUUUGCACCUGUAAUCCAUCAAGAGAUGACAGGUGAUGUGGCUGGAUUAGAUUCAGAUGCCUCUAUGACAGCCUUCUGCCUCAUUGCAAUGCAGGAGUCACGCUCAGUAUGUUCUGGUACAGUCACUAUGUUGCCAGGUGGCAUAGACAAAGCAGUGGCCUACCUGGAGAACCGCCUGCCCAGCCUCACCAACCCUUAUGCGGUGGCCAUGACAUCAUAUGCACUGGCUAAUGAAAACAAACCGAACAAAAAGAUCCUUUACAAGUUUGUUUCUCCAGAGCUAUCGCACUGGCCUGUGCACAAGGGAUCGGUUUACACCCUGGAGGCCACAGCUUAUGCCCUUCUUGCUCUUGUCAAGACCCAGAAAUUUGAAGAUGCCAGACCUGUUGUGAGAUGGUUCAGCCAGCAGCAGAAGGUGGGCGGAGGCUAUGGAUCAACUCAGGCUACUAUAAUGGUCUAUCAGGCUGUAGCAGAGUACUGGAACAAUACUAAAGAACCACAGUAUGAUCUGAAUGUGGACAUCCAGUUUUCAGGAAUGCCAUCACCUAAUAAGUACUAUUUGAACCGGGACAACCACUAUGCCACAAGAACUUUUAAAGUUAAUGAUAUAAACCAGAAUGUCACAGUGACUGCUAGAGGAACAGGAGAAGCAACGGUGACAUUGGUAUCAAGGUAUUACGCUAAGCCCAAAGAACAGAAGAGUGACUGUCAGGAUUUUACCCUCUCAGUAGAACUCAUCCCAGAGGAAACGAAUACAAAUGACACAUACAGGCUCAGAAUAGAGGUUAUAGAACUGCAGUAUGCAGAAGGAAAACAUCACCAAUGAUCAACGCCAAGCUAAGAUUUGUGAGAGUACAGAGACCCACAAAGUAGACUUUGCAUACAAAGUGCACGUGGCAGAGUUAAUAGAAGAGGUAUCCACAGACAGUCACAAAGUCCAAGUUCUGGACACCAUCAAAGAA